GUUCCACCGCCGAAUCGAAUCGGCGAUCGAGAAGAACGCCGCGGACUUUUGACCACCGACGCAAUGUCAACUCGACCCCGUGCAUGUCAACCCCUCCUUGGUGGCGCUCGCGAGCCAGCGAGCGAUAUAUACAGCGGCUGCUCGUGUUCGAUCGUGUGGUUAGCUACCUUUGGUUGCCAUGGCGAGUGGCUUGCUGGGGUGGCUGUGCGUCGGGCCGGAGCAGCGGCGGCUGCGGCGGAGGCGGAGAGGGGCGCGGCUGGUGCUGUGGGGAGGGGAGAGGCGGGCGGCGGAGGCCGGGAGGAUGGCCGGGGAGGUGAUGGUGGAGCAUGCCGGGCGCCUCGUCGUGUGCCGCGCCGACGGGUUCCGGCUCGGCCGCCCGGCGCCGGUGCUCGCCAUCGAGGACCGCCUCGAGGCCGGCGCCACGUACCUCGUCCUCCCCGUCGACCGCCUCCCCCAGGGCCGGGACGUCGUCACCGCGGCGUCGCUCGCGGCGCUCACCUACGACAGGGCCUGUGGCGGCGGCGGCGGUGGAGUCCCGUUGCUGGCCGGGGGCGCGAAGAGCCCGUUCGAGUACGUCAAGGACGACGGCGGCCGGACGGUGAUCAAGGUCACGGAGGAGUUCAUCGUGAAGGCCGUCACAGGGAGGAAGCCCCCUGGAAGAAACGCCGCCGGCGGAAGCGGUCGUGGCGACAAGGCGGCCGACGGCGACGACGCGCACGGGCCGGCGCUCUGCAGCACGCCGGAGCUGAGGAAGCACUACGAGCAGCUGGUGGGCGCCACGAGGGGGCGGCCGUGGUCGCCACGGCUGGAGACGAUCAAGGAGCGGAAGGGGCGGCGGGUGGUCGACGUCGUCGUCAGCCCCGGCAGGCUGUCUCCGGUGAGGCUGCUGGGGUUGGUGGACAAGGGAAUCAGAUAGGCUCGCCGCCGGCCGUCCACAUGCAAACAAGCCAAGCUGCGAUUUUUCACCAAAUCCUUAAUUAUAAUUGGAUGUGUUGCGAUGAAGACUGAAGCGAAUUUUGAUUGGAAAUUUGGAUUGGAUGCACAUAUUGGAUGCGUAUCUCUUGUUUUCCAAAAGAAUUUUGUACAUUCCAUCGGAUCAAUCGAUCUCUGUUUGUAAGUACUUUGAAACGGCAGUCAAAUUGCAUGGACUAGCACUCCUUGUGUAGAUUUUCUGACUUGUGAUAACUUACAUGAACUGAAAGUUAAUAAGAAAUUUGAAUUGAUCUUAUUUGUUUGCAUGCAUGA